GAGUUGUGUGUUAUCAAUCCACCGUGCAAUUCCUCUACUUUAAAAGGUUAUACGGCUCAGCCAUGGAAAUUAUUUCGAACAAAUAUUCGAUUGGCAACCUAGAAGGGAAGAAUAACUGGACGACGUGGAAAUACAAAAUAUGUAUAUUACUACGUAGCACCGCAGACGCAACGGAUGUUUUGGAGGGCAAACUGAAUAAACCAGAACCUCUUCAAAACGGAGCGGGUGACGCAGCAGCGGUUGCAAGGAACAGUGCGGCAUUGGCAAGGUACACCAAGGCAAAUUGCGCCGCUCUUCUCAUUCUAACGACGAAUAUGACUGAUGACACAUUGCAGAAGAUAAUGCGAUUUGAGACAGCGUAUGAAGUCUGGCAGGAGUUACAUCGCUUGUUCGAUGGUCAGAGGGAAGACAGGUCGUACCAUUUAUGCAUGGAAUUCUUUAACUUUAAACGAAACCCAUCCGAUGACGUUUCCUCACACAUGUCGAAACUGAAGAAUAUAUGGAACAAUUUAAAUGUUGAGAUGACUAAAGCAGAUGGCACAGGCCAACUCCCAGAUCUGUUACUAAUAUGCAAGAUAUUAGAAACUCUUGACGAAAGAUUCUUUGCGUUCAAAUCCAGUUGGUUACUUCUGAAUAAGACCGAUAGAACUGUCGAAAACUUGACAACUCAAUUGUGCUCCUAUGAGAAAGCUCUGGAGAACAAAGAAGGGACUACUAGUCAAGAGACGCUAGUAAUCCAACAAACUCAAGAGUCAAAAAAGAAGAAAGAUGCGAAGGUCAAGUGCAACUAUUGUUCACAAAUGGGACAUAGAGUAAGGAACUGCAAAAAAUGGAUAAAGGAUGGAAAACCACCAAAGCCAAGCAGCUCAGCACCAGACUCAUCGUCUAAGCAAGUACAAAGCAUGACGCUAAUGGCAGUCAACGCCUGUUCAAAGGCAGCAGAUCAAGAUAUAGAAAAUUGGUAUGUUGACAAUGGAGCAACGAUGCACAUAACCAUUAGAAGAGACAUAUUUCAAGAGUUCGAGCCAUUUGAUUUUGAUGACCAAUCUGUGAAGACAGCAGACGGAACAAUGAAUCCUGCAGUAGGGAAAGGCAUUGUCUUGGUGGAAUCAAUCAUAGGCAAGAAGAAGGAAACCAUACGAUUGAAAGAUGUCUGGCUUGUACCAACGCUGACGAAAAAUCUAUUCUCUACUUUGGCAGCUCAAGACAACGUGCGGAAUAGUUUAUUCACUUCUACCGCGACAAGUUGUCAGCUAGAUGUUGAUGGAGAUACAAAGAUUGUAGGCAAGAGAGAACCUAAAGGGGGUUUAUAUAAACUGCAACUGAAGACAAUCACUCCUUCAAAAAUAUCUAACUCAAUUGAAGUGAACGCAAUCACAGGCACCAAUAUGCUGCAAGUUUAUCAUGAACGCUUUGCUCACCAAGACAAGAGACAUGUCAAGGCUCUAGUCAAGAGAGAGUUCGGGAUGCAUGCAUAUGUGGUAAGGCUCAUAGAUUGCCAUUUGGGAGAAGAGAAAGAGCAACAACUCCUGGUGAGUUAAUACAUACGGACGUAUGCGGACCAUUCGAACAUCCCAGUGGACAGAAAUUCAGAUACUUCGUGCUCUUCAAGGAUGACUUCUCUUCAUACCGCCUAGUCUACUUCAUGCGUCACAAGUCAGAAGUCAAAGACAAAUUGAAAUUGAUGCUCAACGAAACAAAGACUACCGGCCACUCUGUCAAAUAUUUACUGAGUGACAACGGAGGAGAGUUCGACAACGAAGAUGUCAGAAAGAUAUUGAAUGCACACGGGAUCCAGCAGCGUUUCACCAUGCCGUACACACCAGAACAAAGUGGUUGUAGCGAGCGCGAGAAUCGCACCCUAGUCGAAGCCGCAAGGACCUGGCUGCACGCCAGAGGUGAGCUCCCGUAAAAACUUUGGGCUGAACUUAUAAACACAGCAGCCUAUGUCCUGAAUAGGACGGGACCCACCAAAGUCAAAGAUAAAAGUCCAUAUGAGCUAUGGUUUGGAAAAAAGCCUAAAAUUUCUCACCUGCGAGUCAUAGGGAGUCAGUGCUAUGCUCAUAUCCCCAAACAGUGCAGUAAAAAACUCAGCAAAAAGGCCAUAAAAGGAAUUCUCAUCGGCUAUGAAAACAAUGACGGUUAUCGUAUUUGGGACGGAACGAAAACCAACCGCUCUCGAGAUAUUACGUUUGCAAGUGAAGUGGAAUUUAAAAUAUCAAUUGGCUCAGAAGAUACUUGUCAAACACCAAUAGAAACAGAGGGAGCAAUCUUCAAUGAACGUGAAACACCGGAACAAACCAGGCGCGGAUACAAGAUUUGGCUUAGGGGGGGGGCAUUUUGAGAAAAUCAUAUAUUUUUGCACAGAAAAAAUAAAAUUUACUCAAUUUAGUAAUGUGAGAGCCAGGGUUUUAGGGGGGGGCCAUUGCCCCUAUGGCCCCCCCCUUGUAUCCGCGCCUGGAACAAACCGUAAUCAAUAACCAGUUCAAUGUGAUAUUGAGAAUGUACCUGAGGUCCGAGCCAACCCUAGCCAUGAUCUAGAGGGAGAGUGUACAGGAGACCAAGGCCAGGAUUAUUGCGACCAAGAUUACGGCCAAGAAGAUCGUGAACAGGAAGCCCACGAUCAGGCAGAAUAUGGUCAAGGUGAAUCUGAGUUUUACGAUGCAGAAGAAAACGAUAAAUCGACCGUUAUAGAGGAACCAAUCGUUAUAGAAGAACCAAGGUACGACCUGAGGGAUCGAAACUCGAUCAAAAGACCUGAAAGAUAUGACGAUUUCAUCUGCUCAGUUGUAUCAGAAGAUUUUCCGACAAGCUAUAAGGACGCUGUGUCGAGAAAAGACAGACAGCAGUGGAUUGAUGCCAUGAGAAGUGAAAUGGCCUCCUUAGAGCAAAACAAUGUCUGGACAUUGUGUGAUUUACCGCCUAACCGCAAGGCACUUCCGUACAAAUGGGUCUUUCGGAUCAAAACGAACCCUGACGGAUCCAUAGACAAGUAUAAAGCUAGACUUGUUGUAAAAGGAUUUAAACAAAAAAAGGGAGAGGACUACGACCAGACAUUCAGCCCAGUAGCCAAGAUGGCGACAGUCAGAGCCCUGCUAUCUAUAGCGGCUAGUGAAGGCUUGAAGCUAAGUCAGUUCGAUGUCUCCACAGCUUUUCUUUAUGGCUCUCUAUCUGAUGAAGAGAUAUACAUGAAACAGCCUGAAGGGUAUGACGACGGUACGGGUCGAGUUUGUUUAUUAAAGAAAAGCCUUUACGGUCUUAAGCAAGCUCCUCGUUGCUGGAAUCGGACCAUUUUGGAAUUCCUUAUGAAAAUAGGUCUCGAAGUCAGUGAGGCUGAUCCUUGCCUAUUUAAGAGAGAGAAUGCGAAAGGAAAGCUAAUUGUGGCCCUCUAUGUUGACGAUGGUCUAAUCGCUGGCUCAAGUGAGGACGUAAUUAAGGAAUUUCUUGAGCAAAUAAGCAGAAAAUUCAAAAUCACUUCAAAGCCAAUUUCACAUUUCUUAGGAAUAGAAAUCGAAACCAGAGAAGAUGGUGAUGUAAGGAUACGUCAGACAGCUUAUGCAAAGAAGAUUUUGCAGAGAUUCGGAAUGCAAGAUUGCAGACCAGUGACCACUCCAAUAGUGAAAGAUGAUGCAUGCCAAAGACCUCAGAAGAUAGAUACUAGUCUACAAGCAGAGAAGGCUGAAGAUUACUUCUUAACCAAUUAUAGACAGGUGGUCAGAGCACUUGCAUAUCUCAUGGUUGGUACAAGACCUGACAUCGCAUAUGCUGUGAGUGUGGUGUCUAGGAGUCUUGAAAAACCAACACAAGCAGAUUGUGUUAGAUUGAAACAAAUACUACGCUAUCUGAAGUAUGCUCCAGAUAUGGGCGUUAUUUACAAAAAGGACUAUAGAAAAGGCCAAAUAGAAUGCUAUAGUGACGCCGAUCAUGGUGGUGAUACCACAACUGGAAGAUCGACAUCUGGAGUUCUAUGUCUUUAUGCUGGUGGAGCAGUGUCGUGGCUUAGCCAGAGGCAAUCAAGCGUGGCAAUUCCAACUACAGAGGCCGAAAUAGUCGCGGCUAGCGAGGCAGCAAAAGAGAGUGUUUGGCUGAGUCGCCAUAUCGGUGGCUUAGUGAAGACGGAAGGGCUCCCAGCACAGCACACAAACAAUGAGGCAGCUGUGCGCCUAGCUGAAAACCCAGAGUUUCAUCGGAGAACUAAGCACAUACGCAUACGCCAUUUCUUUGUUCGAGAGCUAGUAGCCAACGGAAACUUAAACGUGCAGCGAAUAAGCACUGAGUUACAGCUGGCUGACAUAUUUACGAAGCCACUUGCUAGACCAAGACUGGAAAAGUUGAUUAGCGAGCUAGGUCUUUUCAACGAGAGAAGGUGUUAAGGUGCAACCUUUAUGGUGAUUGCGUAGCAAAAUACCUAGCCUAUAAUAUUCAAAUUUAGAACUGGUGUCAGUUGUCAAAAUAAAAGAUGUGUUUACAAACAUGAAAAUAUAAUUUAAUAAUUAUAUAAUAAAAUCGACAAAAGUUAUUUCGA